GGCAUCAUAUAAAACCACAUGGCCACAUGGCAUGGCAUUUAGCCAUAGAAUAAAUCUUGGUUACAUUAUAUUUAGACGCCUUCUUGAGGUCGAGGAUCGUGACUGCAGUGGUCAAGAGUUGUAUGAUCAUGGAAGACAGGUUGUUGGUUGGACUGGGUCAGAACUGCACUCAAGAACAAAGACAGUUGACUAUUGUGUAUUUUGAGGAGCUAAAGAACUCUCCAAAUGGUUGGAAGAUGUGUGCUGAAGACUUCACACAGAAAUUGCACAGUGAUGAUCAUGUUCGGUUCUUUUGCCUCCAAAUGAUUGAGUCCCAUGUGAAGACUGGCCACGCCUCCAGCAGUGACGAUGACAUACUGGCUCUAAGGAAGGUGUUGUUAUUGUGGAUGCAGGACCAUCAGAGGAUAUUUCGAGAAGAUGCUCGUUUUCUAAAGAGCAAAAUUGCACAGAUUUUUGCGCUGACUUUUAUAGUGGACUAUCCUUUGAAGUGGCCGACAUUUUUCUCGGACCUUCUGGAGAUUGUUGAGAGUGGGGAUGUGUGGAGUGUGGAGCUCUAUCUCCGAAUCUUGCUUGCUAUAGACAGCGAGGUGGUGGACAGGCAAAUAGUGCACACACAAGAGGAGAAUGCUCGUAACACAGACAUCAAGGACCAUAUGAGAGCUCAUUGUGUGCUGGGGCUUGUGGAGUCAUGGCUGCAGAUCAUGACUGUGUUUGAGGAGAAGGACCAUGGAGUGGUGUGUCUAGCUCUCGAGGUGGCGGGUGCUUACGUCAGCUGGGUGGAUGUCAACCUCAUUGCCAACGACAGGUGCAUCAGCUUGCUGUUGAAGUACUUGUCAGUGAGCACCCUACGGGAAAGCGCUGUGGAUACUCUUCAUGAAAUCAUCAGUAAAGGUAUGGAUCCCCCAGCCAAGAUCAAGCUGGUGGAGUCACUUUGCAAGAUCUUAGAGUCUGUCGGAGUUUUGGGAACCAGUUCCAAUCAGGAAGAGGAGGAUCCAGACUUCCAAGGCAAGCUGUCCAAGUUUGUCAACGGUAUGGGCUGUGCUCUAGUCACCUCCUGGAACAAACUGUUGAAAGCUGAGGAUGAGGCUAAUGCGAGAGAAGCUCUGAUUGCCAUAGACAGAAAACUGCCCUAUCUUCACAGGUUCUUGUCAGAUGAAGACGAUGGAGUGUCUGAAACCGUCAUUGAGUUUGCUGUUCAGUACAUCGGAGUGCUGAAGCAACGCUCAAACCUGUCAGACAAUGACAGGCUGCAGCUGCAGUCUCUCCUCAGGGCAGUAGUCAACAAACUCAAGUACGAUGAAGACUACAACUUUGACAGUGAGGGUGAGGAGGAGAUCAUGUUCAUUGAUUACAGGAAACAACUCAAAGUUCUCUUUGACAACAUCGCACAAUUGGACCCGUAUAUGGUAUUGCAGUCAACUGACGCUAUGCUCUCGUCUGUACUGUCCAACAUGACCUCUGAACCCUUCAUGAACAUAGAGUUGGUGCUCCGAGUGUUCCACAUGAUAGGAGAGGUGAUCGCUUCAAAGCAAUACGGAGCAGUCAAUGUCUCAGGAUCUAUCUGGCACAAGAUGAUGACCACUGUGCUACAGAGCUCCGCGGGUUGUCAUGACCACACAGCAGUGCUUCUACAGUACUACGAGAUUGUGGUGAGAUAUGACAAGUUCUUUCAAGUGGAAACACAGUACAUUCCCCCCAUCCUGGAGGGUUUCCUGGGUGUGCACGGCCUGAGGCAUCGUAACAGUGCUGUGAGGAGUCGUCUUUCGUACCUGUUGGUACGAUUCAUCAAGUCCCUCAAGAGCCAGCUGGGAGGCAUUGCUGAGCAGGUGCUGACAAACCUCAGGGAACUGCUGCUCAUGUUACCCGGAACUCCUAACUACUCCACUUAUCUCUCAACUAAUGACAUGAUGUUUAUGUAUGAAAUUGCGGGAAUUCUGAUUGUCUUCUCUCAGCAAACCCCUGAGGCCAAGGGAGCACUGAUGGCCGGCGUGAUUUCUCCUCUGGUCGACAAGUAUCAACAGUACAUUCUUCAGAUAACAAAAGUCGAAGAUCUCGCUGAGCAAGAAGAGCUGGCAAAGGCGCUGUACAAUCUCAUCUCAUUUGCAAGCCGAGCUAGCAAAGCGUUCCCUAACCAUCAGCAAGCAAAACAGAAUGGCUGUGUACAGUGUUUUGCAGAGCCACUCUCUGUUUUCCUGCGAGGCCUAGAAGUGGGAGUACAGAGAGACACGCUUCAAUCUGGAGUGAGGCAGUACCUCCAUCGGAUGAUUAUAUGUCUGGGGGACGAGCUGCUCAAGUACGUACCAAUGGCCGUGUCACUGCUCCUCAAGGAUUGCAAGUCACGUGACAUCCAGGAGUUCAUCCCAUUGGUCAACCAGCUCAUUGUCAAGUACAAGCAACUAGUGGCCCCUAUUCUACAGGAGGUGUUCUUCCCCGUCUGCCAGCACAUCCUCACCUGCAUUGACCUGCCCUGUGACCCCAGCGACCUCAAUGUACGUAUACAUGCAUGUUCUGAACAAUGGUACACUUAGGAGCACUAACCCACA